AUUAUGGAAAUAAUUGUGCAAAAUGGUUUAAAUAGAAUUGAUGUUAUGAUAGCUCCUGAAAAUAUUGAAACAUAUACACUAAAAGAUUUAGCUCUAAAAUUAGAAACAAAUACUCAGAUACCAAUUAACAAACAAAAAUAUAUUUUUAAAGGUAAGCAAUUAAAUCAUAUGGAAACCACAUUGUUAAAUUAUAACAUUAAAAAUGGCAAUAAAAUUAUGAUGAUUGGUUCAAAAGAAUCAGUUGAAGAGAAUAAUAAGAUUGAUCAAAUUAAAAACCUUGAAAAGCAAUUGAAAAUUGUUGAAAAAUCAUUAAACAUUUCCUCAGAAACAUACAUAAAUAUUAAAAAUGGCUGGUUAGAUGGUAAAAUGAAGGAAGAAUCCAUCAAUAAACUCAUUACAUCUUUAGAACUUAAUAUCGAAAAAUGCAUGAAAUUAGUUCAUCAACUCGAUGCCAUUCAAAUUUCGGAGGAUUUUAAAAUAGCCAAAACUAUGCGUAAAAUGAUUGUAGAUAGAAUAAUGAAGGAUCUUAACGAGACGGACAAACUAAUUGAUUCUGUGAACAAUAUCAAAAUUGAAAUGGCUGAAGAAAAGAAAAAAUGAUAUUAAAAAAACCUCAUUUGUCUCAAUCAUAUAUACAUUAUUAUGUACAUAUAUAUAUGUAUAAAGAAUUAAGCUUGUGGA